AUGCCGCAAGAGCACGACCAGCAAUCGGUGAUAUGGCCUCAAGAAAUGCAAGAUGAUCCCAUGAAUGGGGGAGUCGGAGGCGACGAUGACUUCUCGAAAUUUCUCGACCUCGACUCCGAGUUCCAGUUCGCUGGUCUCGACAAUGGGCAGAGCGGCCUUGACACGCCUAUGGGCCGGCUGGCCUUCUCGCAUCCCAAUGCCCCGCCGCCCAACACGUCGCCCGCAAACUUCACAGUCACGCAAGCUAUGAAUCUCGACAUGCCUGCUGCGGGCGGCCCUGGCGCAUACUCGAAUCAUAUGCAUAACGCACAGCAAUUUGAGCUUUUCCAACAGCAGUACCAGCAAAUGCACAUGCAACAUCCCUACCAUGUCCCGCCGACGCCUGUCAGCUCUGAGAUGCACGCUGCCAAGUAUGGCCAGCAUGUCGAUAGCACCGGGCAACUCAUAUUCGAUCGCCAGCAGGUCUCCUUCACACCGCUCGUAUCGCCUGCACAGACGCCUCUUACUCAUGCAUACAGCAUGCCUCAGUAUGGCACAGCUGAUGACUUUUUCAGUCCUCUCACCUCGCCCGCUAUCGAGGCUCAGCAUGCCUUCAGCUCUGCCAGAACCACAGCGUCACCGAUUGAUCGCAUCACUGACUCAGCUGGCAAGCCAACUUCGGCACCGCGUAAUAAACGUCGGAAGGGAAGCGUUUCCACCAGGGCUGGGACAAGGAGCGUGAAGCAGUCUCCUGUUGUGAAACCUUCUGGUCGUCGAAGGAAAGCUUCCCUCACCAAUCUCUCCACCGACAAGAUCAAUGAGACUCUGGAUCAGGCGAGCGGCAGCCAGGCUAGGGUCGCAGAUAUUUCGCCAGCUCAACACAUUCCAGCACACGUUCUCGGCAAUACCACGCGCAGUAGUGAUGAUUCGAUAUCUCCCGAGCCUCUCUCCGAAUCCCUCAUGCGUCCACCUCCUGUGCCGCCGCCUGAAAAGUCCCCACGAGGACUUGGUCUAGCUCGACAAGACAGCUCGGGCAACGGCGUCACUCCGAUGACUCUCAUGUCACUACCGAGCAAGCAGACCUCAAGCGGGUCGGGCGCCGACUCGGUGGAUGUGAUACCAGAGGACAGCAUGGAAGAUAUGAUGCUGCCUGAUGCAGCAGCGCCCGUGCCUCCCCCUGCGUCGGAACCUGGCUCAGUUGGACCGGCCGGUGAAGAGCAAGCAACCCCAACUAUGUCAUCCAAAGCUGCCAAAGUCAGUGCGAGCAGUACGCCGCCAAGCAUGCUGCCGAAAAGUGGGUCGACAGACGGAUUCAACAAGCCUCAAAAGAUCGAGAGCAGACCCGGAACCUCUCGUGGACCAAAGAAACGUGGCAGUACCACGUCUGCAGCCAUCUCACCAGCACUCCGGCCGAAAAUAUCGCCCAGCAUCAGUCCUCUUGUACCUGCGUCAGGUCCCGGUAUGUCGCACCUGUCAGCCGAGACGAGUGCAUUGUAUCUGGCAUCAAAGUCAAAUUAUCAGAACAUCAUUGAUGGCACCCAUCUGCCGGGUGUGUCGUAUCCAGAAGCACUGGCGGAAAACUUGAGCUCGAAGCGCACUUCACACAAAAUUGCCGAGCAAGGUCGAAGAAACCGGAUCAACGUUGCUCUAAAGGAGAUCGAGACACUGCUUCCAGCAUCAAUUACGACUCCUAUGAUGAAGAAGGAGAAGAGCGCAAACGAAGCUGAAGCGGACGCUGCCGGCAAAGCUGCUUCCAAUGCUCAGGGAGCAAGCAAAGCGAGUACAGUCGAAAUGGCUAUCGUGUACAUCAAAAGCUUGCAGGCGGAAUUGGCAGACACGCGAGAUAAAUUGGCCACCGUGGAAAAGAAGCUCGCCGCCGAGAACAGUAGCGCAGACUCCCAGACCUCGGAGUGA